AUGGCGUAUACCGACCUCACAAUGCUCCACAUAUCAGAGGACAUGGAUCCGGGUAAUGGUGGUCUGGGCGGUGGUAAUAUCUCCCAUGUAUUGGAGGACAGGGGUCCCGUCACCAGAGAACCGAAGUGGUUUCAGCAGCCGGUCUCUUCUCGUUUCAUCGUUCUUCUCUUCUGCGUCUGUGCCGGACUCAUCAUUGUGAACAUCGUGGUCACCGCCUCCACCCGAGGUUCCGGGGGUAAUGAAAGAAGUGUCUCCGCCCAGGACAGUGACGGCAGCGAAGGGUUUAAUGGACAGGAAAACGGGAAAGAUGGAUCGCAGCACGGACUGGUAUCCAGGAACGGGGCGCACAGACUUCCUCCGGACAAUGUAACGGGGCGGGGUCUCCUCCUCCUAGAGACCUACGAUGGCGCCUGUCCUGAUGAUUGGUCUCAGUUCCGGAACAGCUGCUACUACUUCUCCAAUAUGGCCAAACCGUGGACGGAAUCUCAGAGGAUGUGCCAGAGGAGGAAGGCCCGACUGACCGUCGUCAACACCCAGGAGGAGCAGGUUUUCCUGACUAAACUGGCCAUGAAGAAUCGGGUCUGGAUUGGUCUGAGUGAAAUAAAUGGAGAGUGGAAAUGGGUGGACGGGACCCCAUUUUCCUCGACACCAAAACACUGGGCCAGCGGCCAGCCGGAUGAGUAUUUCGGUCACGGUCUCGGUGGUGGCGAGGACUGUGUUCAGCUCUACUACAGCGGUGACUGGAAUGAUGAGCAUUGUUCCCGCGCCUAUCGCUACAUCUGUGAGAAGAAGGCGGUCCAGUGACCGAAGCC